AUGCAGGCUUUAUGGCCAUACAAUAACAAUAAUAACUAUCGAUCAGUCACGUGGGAUCGAUAUUAUGUCAAUGAGCACUAUGAUAAGCACGUCAACGUGAGCAGCGGUGUCGCUGCGGGCGUCACCAUCGGAAUAUUCUUCGUCGUUUUUGUUCUCACGUUCGGUUGCCGAAUCUACAGUCAAUAUGUCGAUAGGGACCACGGAUCGCCGUCUUCACAGAAUAGUGAAGCCAUGAUGAGCGAAUCAAUAGCAUCUGAUAUGUGGAUAUGCGGUCGCCCGUCUGAGCCGCCACCACCCUACGAAAUAGCCAUUCUGAUGCCAACUUCUCCACCAUGCUGCCCAGUUGCUCACGUCUAG